GCGGCAGCGCGGGGCCAGGCCCGGGGCUCGCCGCCGAGGGAUGUUUCAGAAGCAGGCGAGGGAACAAGAUGUGAACUGUUGCUCUUCGGAAGAAAAAGGUCCCCGCUGCCCUUCCCGCGAAGGCAAAUGUUCCGGAAAAACUCUGCAUGGGAAUGGCUUGCCUUACCAUGACGGAAAUGGAAGGAGUAUCUGUAUCUCCUGUACAUCAGAAUGGUGAUAUUCCUGGAAAUGCUAAUUCUGUGAAGCAAAUAGAUCCACUCCUACAGGUGUAUCUUUAUCAUUCUCUUGAGAAGGCUGAUGGAGAAUAUCUGAAGUUUCCAACUGGGGAGUAUGUUGCAGAAGAAAUUUGUGUUGCUGCUUCUAAAGCUUGUGGAAUCACGCCCGUGUAUCAUAGUAUGUUUGCUUUAAUGAGUGAAACCGAAAGGACCUGGUAUCCGCCCAACCAUGUCUUCCAUGUAGAUGAAUCAACCAGGCACAACGUACUCUACAGAAUAAGAUUUUACUUUCCUUACUGGUAUUGUAAUGGCAGCAACAGAACCUAUCGGCAUGGAGUGUCUCGAGGUGCUGAAGCUCCUCUUCUUGAUGACUUUGUCAUGUCUUACCUUUUUGCUCAGUGGCGGCAUGAUUUUUUACAUGGAUGGAUAAAAAUACCGGUGACUCAUGAAACGCAGGAAGAAUGUCUUGGAAUGGCAGUGUUAGAUAUGAUGAGACUAGCCAAAGAGAAGGAUCAAACCCCAUUGGACAUCUAUAGCUCUAUCAGCUACAAGACAUUCUUACCAAAAUGUGUUCGAGCAAAGAUCCAAGACUAUCAUAUUUUGACAAGGAAGAGAAUAAGGUAUAGAUUUCGCAGAUUUAUUGAGCAGUUCAGCCAUUGCAAAGCCACUGCCAGAAACUUGAAACUUAAGUAUCUUAUAAAUCUGGAAACACUUCAGUCUGCCUUCUACACAGAGCAAUUUGAAGUAAAAGAACCUGGAAGAGGUCCUUCAGGUGAGGAGAUUUUUGCAACCAUUGUAAUAACUGGAAACGGUGGAAUUCAGUGGUCAAGAGGGAAACAUAAAGAAAGUGAGACACUGACAGAACAGGAUUUACAGUUAUAUUGUGACUUUCCUGAUAUCAUUGAUGUGACUAUUAAACAAGGAAACCAAGAGGGCUCAAAUGAAAGUAGAAUUGUAACUAUCCAUAAGCAAGAUGGUAAAAAUCUGGAAAUUGAACUAAGCUCAUUAAGAGAAGCUUUAUCCUUUGUGUCAUUAAUUGAUGGCUAUUACAGAUUAACCGCGGAUGCACAUCAUUACCUCUGUAAAGAAGUAGCUCCUCCGAUGGUGCUUGAAAAUAUACAAAGCAACUGUCAUGGCCCGAUUUUAAUGGAUUUUGCCAUCAGUAAACUGAAGAAAGCAGGUAAUCAGACUGGACUCUAUGUACUUCGAUGCAGUCCUAAGGACUUUAAUAAAUAUUUUCUGACUUUUGCUGUCGAGCGAGAUAAUGUCAUCGAAUAUAAGCAUUGUUUGAUUACAAAAAAUGAGAAUGGAGAAUACAACCUCAGUGGGACCAAGAAGAACUUCAGUAAUCUUAAAGAUCUUUUGAAUUGCUACCAGAUGGAAACUGUUCGCUCAGACAGUAUAAUUUUCCAGUUUACUAAAUGCUGCCCCCCAAAGUUGAAAGAUAAAUCAAAUCUUCUAGUCUUUAGAACCAAUGGCGUUUCUGAUGUACCAACAUCACCAACAUUACAGAGGCAUAAUAAUGUGAACCAAAUGGUGUUUCACAAAAUCAGAAAUGAAGAUUUGAUAUUUAAUGAAAGCCUUGGGCAAGGCACUUUUACAAAAAUUUUUAAAGGUGUAAGAAGAGAAGUAGGAGACUAUGGUCAACUGCAUGAAACAGAAGUUCUUUUAAAAGUUCUGGAUAAAGCACACAGAAACUAUUCAGAGUCUUUCUUUGAAGCAGCAAGCAUGAUGAGCCAGCUUUCUCACAAGCACUUGGUUUUAAAUUAUGGAGUAUGUGUCUGUGGAGAGGAAAAUAUUCUGGUUCAGGAGUUUGUAAAAUUUGGAUCAUUAGAUACAUACCUGAAAAAGAAUAAAAAUUCUAUAAGUAUAUUAUGGAAACUUGAAGUGGCUAAACAGUUGGCAUGGGCCAUGCAUUUUCUAGAAGAAAAAGCCCUUAUUCAUGGGAAUGUGUGUGCCAAAAAUAUUCUGCUUAUCAGAGAAGAAGACAGAAAGACAGGAAAUCCUCCUUUCAUCAAACUUAGUGAUCCUGGCAUUAGUAUUACAGUUUUGCCAAAGGACAUUCUUCAGGAGAGAAUACCAUGGGUACCACCUGAAUGCAUUGAAAAUCCUAAAAAUCUAAACUUGGCAACAGACAAAUGGAGUUUUGGUACCACUUUGUGGGAAAUCUGCAGUGGAGGAGACAAGCCUCUGAGUGCUUUGGAUUCUCAAAGAAAGCUCCAGUUUUAUGAAGAUAGGCACCAGCUUCCUGCACCAAAGUGGACAGAAUUAGCAAAUCUUAUUAAUAAUUGUAUGGAUUAUGAACCAGAUUUUAGACCUUCUUUCAGAGCCAUCAUACGAGAUCUUAAUAGUUUGUUUACUCCAGAUUACGAGCUAUUAACAGAAAAUGACAUGUUGCCAAAUAGGAUAGGCACCCUUGGGUUUUCUGGAGCUUUUGAAGACCGAGACCCGACACAGUUUGAAGAGAGACACUUGAAAUUUCUACAGCAGCUUGGCAAGGGCAAUUUUGGCAGUGUGGAGAUGUGCCGGUAUGACCCUCUACAAGAUAACACUGGGGAGGUGGUGGCCGUGAAGAAGCUCCAGCACAGUACUGAGGAGCACCUGAGAGACUUUGAAAGAGAAAUUGAAAUCCUUAAAUCCCUGCAGCAUGACAACAUUGUCAAGUACAAGGGAGUGUGCUACAGUGCUGGCCGGCGUAAUUUAAGAUUAAUUAUGGAAUAUUUACCAUAUGGAAGUUUACGAGAUUAUCUCCAAAAACAUAAAGAACGGAUAGAUCAUAAAAAACUUCUGCAGUAUACAUCUCAGAUAUGCAAGGGCAUGGAGUAUCUUGGUACAAAAAGGUAUAUCCACAGGGAUCUGGCAACAAGGAAUAUAUUGGUGGAGAAUGAAAACAGGGUUAAAAUUGGAGAUUUUGGUUUAACCAAAGUCUUGCCACAAGACAAAGAAUACUACAAAGUGAAAGAACCUGGUGAAAGUCCCAUAUUCUGGAUGAGAAAUUAAAGAAGUUAAAUGGAAUUAACUAGAAAUCCAUAAAGAUUAGUUAUAUGGAUUUUAAGCAGUUUGGCCAUACUUAAUAAAUACAAUCUGAUAAACAUUUAUUAAGUUUCUACUGUUCCAAACACCAUACAAGGAGCUUGGGAUAUGAAGAUAGGGUCAGCAUCAGAAAAGCAACAACAACAACAACAACAACAACAAACAACUGUGCUUGGUUACUAAGAAAACCAGACUAAAAAGGAAAUGUUUGAUGUGGCAGGCAUAUUCAGCCGACAGGUCCACUACUCAUUAUCCCUUCCCUUUCAGAGCUCAUAGAUUAAAAAAAAAAAAAAAAAAAAAAAAAAUCAAAUGUGUGGUCAGUCAUUGCAGUGUGGCCAGUCAUUGCAAUCAUUAUAUCAUAAGUGCAAUAAUGAAGAAUAUAAUGGGAAAACAUAAGAAUGUGGAUAUUUCCCCUGAGGGUUUAAAUUAAUCAGAGAAAACUACAACCAGGAAGUGACAUUUCAAUUACUGAUUAAUAGUUUACCAGGUAGAGAAGAGCAAAGGUGUUCUCUGAGGAGGAAGACCAGAACUAGAGGGGCAGGGACUUGGAAGUGAGUGGCACAGUCCCAGAGCAAACGGGGAGUGAUGGCGGCCCGAAAGGGAUUGAGCCUGGUACGCCGUGUUGAUGAGUUCAAGCCUCAUUCAGUAGACCGUGUGUAGGUAGGAAAUUACAGGCCUCAUCCAAGGGAAUAUCAUGUUGAGAUUCAUAUUUUAGGAAGAGAGAUCUACUUCUGGUGGAGAACAGAAAUUCUCAAAGUGUGGGGACACCAGGUUCUCGUUUUAGGGGGUCCAGGAAGUCAAAGGUAUUUUCAUAAUAACACUAAGAGGUUAUUUGUGUUUUCACUCUCAUUGUUUCAACUAAUAAUGUAGAAUAAUUAUAACAAUAUAAAGUUAUGUGAAAUUGUUCUCUCUUGUUUUCUCUCAAAGUAUCUUUUUGUACUGAACUCACCUUUCUUUGUGAGUUAUAAAGUGCCUGUAUGAUGAGAUGAAGUGAGGUGGAUGGCGUAAGCCUUGUGACGUGGUGUUAGGAUCAUCUGCAUCUGGGCUGUGGUUAACCACUAGUUACUGAGACCCAAGAAAGCAAAACUGUGGAUGAGGGGGGGAGCUACUGUAAAUUGAAAUUAACUUUUAAAUUUCCUGUGACCACAAAACUCAGAAGUAUUCACAUUUUUCUUCUGGGUUGGGUUAUCAUUGAAGUUAUUAUCAGGAUACAGUGUUCCAAUGCAAUAUAAAUAAAUUACAAAUUGGAUAAUUGUUUAAAGUUUUUUAUUGGAAGCACUUCUUUUUUUUAUGUUUAUUUUUGAGAGAGAGAGAGAGAGAGCGAGCAAGCGAGCACGAGCGAGGGAGGGGCAGAGAGAGAGGGAGACAGAGAGUCCCAAGCAAGCUCCAGGCUCCGAGAGCUGUCAGCACAGAGCCCUAUGUGGAGCUUGAACUCAGGAACUGUCCUGAGCUGAAGUCAGACGCUUAACCGACUGAGCGCCCCAGGUGCCCCUGGAGGUAUUUCUUAAUAAGAUAAAUGGAGCUAUUUUCCCCUCCGAUUAGGUCAUAUAUCACUGUAUGAAUAUUAAUUUCUAUCAUGGGACCAGAUUCAGCUUAAAUUCUGUUUAUUUUGCCUUUUUGUAGAUGUGAACAGAGAAAAGUUGUGUAAAUAAGUAUAUAGGAAUGGAAAGAGUUUUGUUAUAACAAUAUUCAUUUCUGUGACUCUUUCUGAGAUAAGGAGCAAAAAAGUAUACAAUGAAGUACCAUUAAAAUUAACUCUUACCUGGCAACUUCAUUAAAUCCAUUCUUUUUUUGAAUUUUAUUGAAAGUAAAGAAUUAAACCACUUGAUUUUCAAAAGUGAAAUCAUUAAAGUCAUUCCUUUUCUCAAUUUCUGGGAAGUAUACUAAAAGUUUUUUAAAAAUCUGACUUUAUUGUUCAACUCUAGAAGUAAGUGUGUUAAAACUGUGAAAUAUUAGGGGCUCCUGGGUGGCUCAGUCUGUUGAGCGUCCGACUUCGGCUCAGGUCAUGAUCUCAUAGCUCGUGAGUUCGAGCCCCACGUCAGGCUGUGUGCUGACAGUUCAGAGCCUGGAUCCUGCUUCGCAUUCUGGCUCUGUCUUCUCUCAAAAAUAAAAUAAAACAUUAAAAAGAAAAAACUGUGAAAUAUUAUUUAAAAAAAUAAAUUGCAGGACACGUGUGGAGCCAUGUUUAUAAUAAAGCAUAUUCACCAGAGCACCUUCCUUUCAAGAUUCCUUCUUUUCUAUUUUUAAAUAUUCAGUUUCAUACUUAAUUUUGUAUUUUUUGUUAUAAAGAAAGGUCCCAAAUUAUGUAAGCUUUGGGCCCUCUAUUUCUCCCUGCAUGUCUGGAAAAAUAAAUCACAAGGGCAGCCAAGAUAAGCUUAAGAUGAUACAUAUCUUGUGUAAUUAAUCUUAUACUGUUAUGAAAAUAAGAUAAGUCCUUUCUUAUUACUUAGUUUGCAAUAAAUAAUACAGAAUAAAACGUAGCUAAGAUUAGAAUAUAUGAAGUAAUGUAUACGGUAAAAUAUUAUUCCUUUAGUAAUUGUGUUGGGGAGACAUAUGUAUCAAACUGAUGUUUGACUUUGGAGAAACAUUAAAUAAGUUAGUGUAAAAAUCAGAAAUAACAUCAUUUUUAUCAUGAUCAAAAUUUUCCUGUGUAUUUAAUGGAAUGGAAAGCUAUAUACUGCCAAAAACUAAUUAGGCCGUUGGAAUAGUUUUAUUUUUAUAUUAGCAAGUGUUAAAUGUUUUAUAUAAUGAAAUGAGGGUAAAUUUUGUAUAAAUAUUUCAGAUGUAUGAGUUGAUAAAAUAGGUUUUAACUAAUUUAUUGAGUAAUGAACACUAAAUCUGAAGUAUUAAAGAGAACUCAUACAGUUUUUAUACAUGAGAUAUAGCCAUCAUAUCUUUUAAACAGUUAUAAUUUCAUGUAAUCUUGCUAUCUACAUUGCUUUUGUUAUUCAAAAGUGCUCUUUGUUUUAAGCUAACAACAAGUUUUAGCUUGUCCUAAGUGUUGGUGUUAAGAACUGAAGGAGGGGCACCUGUAUGGCUCAGUCGGUUAAGCAUCUGACUUCUGCUCGGGUCAUGAUCUCACAGUUUGUGAGUUUGAGCCCUGCAUCAGGCUCUGUGCUGACAGCUCAGGGCCUGGAGCCUACUUUAGGUUCUGUUUCUCUCUCUGUGCCCCUACCUUGCUCACGUUCUGUCUCUCUGUCUGUCUUUCUCAAAAAUAAAUAAACAUUAAAAAUGAAAAAAAAAUAAAGGAAAAAUGCUCCUGCUAGAAUAUUUUUCUGUUGAAGCAGGCUUUUGGAUUCAUGGAGGAUCCACACUGAGCUGGAGCAUGCUUAAGAUUCUCUCUUUCUCCUGGGGUGUGCCUGGAUGGCUCAGUCGGUUAAGCGUCUGACUCUUAAUAUUGGCUCGGGUUGUGAUCUCAUGGUCAUGAGAUUGAACUGUGCAUUGUGCUCUGUGUUGACAGCUUAGAGCCUACUUGGGAUUCUCUUUCUCCCUCUCUCUUUGCCCCUCCCCUGCUUGGUCAGUCUCUCUCUCUCUCUCUCUCUCUCUCUCUCUCUCUCUCAGAAUAAGUAAACAUUAAAAAAAAAUUCUUUCACUCUCCCCCUGCCCCUCUCCCCCAUUCAUAUGAGUGCAUUCUCUUUCUCGCUCUCAAAUCAAAAGAAAAAAAAAAUCUUAAGAUUUCCACCUGGGAAGUAAGCUAGAUUGUUGAUGGCAUUCAAUGCAUAAGGAAAGUAAAAUAACCAGCAGGUUUUGGAAAAGUGGGAAUGGAGUUCUCUUUGCCUAAAGAACCUUAUUUAAUAUGGAAAUGUUCAGUAAGUCGAAACACAAAAGAAAGUUCAAAAAUAUGGUUAUAAAUUUAGGAGACAUUAGUAUAUAGGUGGAUGAAUAUUAUCUAAUGGAAAGUUUUGACAAAAAGGUUUGAUGAUAGAACCUUGGGAAACCCUAACUUAGAAAAUGGAGAAGGAAAGUGUUGGGGAAAUAUAAUUAGAAAUGAAAUCUCCUCCCAAUUCAGUAAACCUCUGCACAAAGAUAGAAAAGAAAGUUUUAUUACUGAAUAAGCUUUAACCCUGAGCGUCAUGUGCAUCACACAAGUGAUCUGCUAAGAGACUGUAAAGACAAGAAAGAAAUCUCACCUCCUUCUGUGGCCAAGCAGAUUCAACCCAUUACGUACAUGUUGUCAAGAUAAACAAUAGCUAGUCCUCAAGUAAGAGAAGUUGACAUCACACAUAGUUUAUCUUAAGUGACUGUCUGUGUUAACUAAUUGUCAUCACCCACAGGACAGAUAGACUUCUCAUAUUUUUAUGGGAGGAGAUAGUUUUGCAACUUGGAAGGAGGCACCUGCCGGAAGUUAAACUCUUACUGUCCCACAAAAACUGGGAGGUUGGGUGCUAUUUCUUUGAUGAUUACAUUCCGGAGAGGUGGUUCCCAGGUUCUUGAGAAACAUUUUUGGAUCAUACAGCUGGCAAGAGGCUUUUAAGCAAAAGCUUUAAAAAAAAAAUUACCUAUAUUUCAAAAGACACAAAGAAUUUACAAUGAUAAAUUUUCUAAAGUAAAUGCUCUAAGAGGAGAAAGAGUCUUUUCCCUCAUUUUCCACAGGGAGAAUUGAUUUUUUUUUUCCUUUGUGAUUUGUAUUUAUCCUUACGUAAGUGAUGGGAGAGAGGAAAACAGCCUUGGAGAUGAGGGAGGAAAUUGUAGACAGUGCUUUCAUGAAAACCAAAGGAAGAGACUGUUUUGCAAACGUUGGGGAAAUAGAAUGUCUUCAAGAAUGUUUUAUUCCAUUUGUGGGAUAAAACUAACAUACAUUUAAAGAUAAGAAUUUUUUAAAAACUUAAUAUAUAUAAAAAAGCAUGGUUAAUUCUCUAGUAUCAACAAUAAAUACUAUAGAAACUGAGUAGCAUGAGCUCAUUAAGACCUUGAGUAGUCAGAGAAGGAUCUGUGGAAGUGAGGAAGCUUAAAUCAGAUUUUGAAGGAGGUAUUAAAUUUGCAUAAUUCAUAUAGUUAAUCUCACCAGUCUAAAACAGAUCUUUGUCACUAUCUUCUAUAAUGAGGAUAACUUAACAAUGGAACCAUGAUAUUCACAUUCCAUUAGCCCAAAUCCUCCCUUGGAUAGUGUUGAGACUUGAGUAGACAAUGACACUGUUUUCCCCAGUGACUUUGCUUCCUUCUCCCACCACUUUUUUUUUAAGUUUAUUUAUUUUGAGAGAGAGAGAGAGCGUGAGCAGGGGAGAGGGGGAGAGAAGGAGACAGAGGAUCCAAAGCGGGCUCUGUGCCAAGAGCAGAGAGCCUGAUGCAGGGCUCAAUCUCAGGAACCGUGAGAUCAUGAUCUGAUCUUAUCAUGACCAGAGCAGAAGCUGGAUGUUCAACCGACUGUGCCACCCAGGCACUCCUCCCUACCCCCUUCUGAUUAACAGGUGCUUAUAUUAAUAGCUUUUAGUCUUGUUCCAGUUUAGAAGCUUUUUUUUUUCCAGUUGGAAACUUACCUCGAUCCAUUUCAAGUUUUAGCUUGCAAAGAGCAGCUUAUUUUAUUUUUUUUAAAUUUCAGUAUCUGGAAGGUACUUUGCAGGUACUUUAGAGUUCCAGGAAGGUACUUAGUUAUCUUUGUUUGGCAGUUUCCCAAGACCAUCCGCAGGCUUGAUGAUUCACUAGGAGGACUCCUAGGACUCAGAAUACAGUCAUAUUCAUGGCUGUGAUGCAUUUCAGAGAACAGAUAUAAAGUAAAAUCAGUGAAGGGAAAAGCCAUCUGAGGCAACACCUGGAGGAAAACACAAACUUUCAAGGGUCCUGUCCCAGAAAAGUCACACGGGACACAUGUAAUUCCCCCAACAAAAUCUCUGCCUGGCAUGUACCACAAUUCCAGACUGCCAGAAGGAAGACAGGUGUUCAUUGUAAACCAUAUUGUUUGCAGAAACAUUUCAGGCACAGUGAGCCUCCCUUGCCAUUUAGGAGCUGUGGCAGCCCUUCAGAAAUCUAGUUCCCAGGCGCCAGUCACUUGUCAACCUUGCAAGCGAGCGUUUUUGAGGAUGGCAGCUUUAGGCCUACUUAUGUUAACUUUUCUUUUUACCCUUUUUAAUCCAAUGAUUUUCAGGUUAAAUUUAGAGUUGGCAUAUCACAUAAUUUUUUUUUCUUUAAUGAAGUCUAGUUCAUUACAUUCGUCGUACAGCGUAGUGAUUCGACAAGUCUGUGUUACAUUGUGCUCACAGGUAUAGCUAUCAUCUGUCACCAUACAGUGCUAUUAUAAUUCAAGAAACCGUCUUACAAAUGCUU